AUGGCAUUGCUAAACAUUGGUGCUGGAAAUAGUGAUGAUGCCUUCUACAGGUAUAAGAUGCCAAAAAUGAUCACCAAGGUUGAAGGUCGAGGAAAUGGCAUUAAAACAAACAUAGUCAACAUGGUUGAUGUUGCAAAGGCAUUGGCAAGGCCAGUUUCUUAUACAACCAAGUAUUUUCGUUGUGAGCUUGGUGCACAGUCUAAAUUUGAUGAAAAAACAGGGAUUUCUCUUGUUAAUGGAUCCCAUGACACUGCUAAACUUGCAAGACUUCUUGAAAACUUUAUCAACAAAUAUGUGCAGUGUUAUGGUUGUGGAAACCCUGAAACUGAGAUAUUUAUAACUAAGAAUCAGAUGAUAAAAUUGAACUGUGUUGCAUGUGGUUUUGUUUCUGAUGUUGAUAUGAUGGAUAAGUUGACAAGUUUCAUAUUGAGAAAUCGAGCUGAACCGAAGAAGAGAUCAGACAAGAAGGCGAUGAAGAGAGCUGAAAAAGAGAGACCUAAGAAAGGUGAAGCUGCUGCCGCCGCUGCUGAUGAUGUGCAAUGGCAAACUGAUACAUCAAUGGAGGCAGUUCGGCAGCGAAUAAAGGAGCAGUUGACUGUUGUAACAGCAGAUAUGGUCAUGUUAUCAACCUUAAAGAAACCGAAGGUGACGACCAAGGCAAGCAACAAGGGACAGAUGAUUGCUCUGUUAGAGGCCUUAUUUGAAGGCAUUGAGAAAGGGUUUGCAAAAGAAGUGAUUAAGAAGAAAAACUACCUCGCUGUUGUUGCUAAAGACAAGGGAUCUCUGUUGCUUCUACUUAAAGCCAUAGAGUCAUUUUGUGGAAAAGCUAACUCAAAUGCAUUGAAGGAAGUCGCUUUAGUUUUGAAAACACUCUAUGAUGUUGAUGUAUUAGAGGAGGAAUAUGUACUUCAAUGGCAUCAACAAGGUUUGAUAGGGAAGAACAAAGGGUCUCAGAUAUGGAAGAAUGUAAAGCCUUUUAUUGAUUGGCUUCAAAGUGCAGAAUCAGAAUCUGAAGAAGAAUGA